GCGGCCCAACACUCCCGGCGACGCAAAGGGGGCGGGGCCAAAGAUUCGGCCUCCGCUCUUUCUCUCUGAGGGAAACCAUGAGGCCUCCGCCUUCCCUGCUGCUCGGCUUCGGCCUGCUUCUCCGGGCGCUCGGGACCCGAGGAGGAAGCGAAGGGAUCCGGCAACGGGAGCACUACGACGCCGAGGGCGAGCACCGGCCCGACUACGACCGGGAGGCGCUGCUGGGAGGCCAGGAAGAAGCCGAAGAAUUUGCCAAACUGAGUCCAGAGGAGCAACAGAAGCGGCUGAAAAGUAUUAUAAAAAAAAUCGACACCAAUAAUGACGGUUUCCUCACUGAAGAGGAAAUCAGUUUCUGGAUCCAGCGGUCCUUCCGGCAUUACAUCGUGGAAGACGCCAAGCAGCAGUUUGAGGAAUACGACAAGGAUGGCGAUGGAGCCGUUUCCUGGAAGGAAUACAAUAUCCAGAUGUACGACCGUUUAAUAGACUUCGAUGACGAUACGACCCUAGAUGACGCCGAAGAAGAAUCUUUUCGGCAGCUCCAUUUGAGGGACAAGAAGCGGUUCGAAAAGGCGAAUAGAGACGCCAUUCCUGAUCUGAAUCUGGACGAAUUCAUUGCCUUUGAACAUCCGGAGGAAGCAGGAUACAUGAAGGAAUUUGUGAUUCAGGAGGCUUUGGAGGAACACGACAAAAACGGGGACGGGUUUGUGAGCCUCGAGGAGUUCCUGGGCGACUACAGAAGGGAUCCGACUGCCAGCGAAGACCCCGAAUGGAUCCAAGUCGAGAAGGACCGCUUCGCCAACGAUUACGAUAAGGACCAGGACGGGAGGCUCGACCCCAAAGAGCUCUUGAGUUGGGUGGUGCCCAAUAAUGAAGGCAUCGCCCAGGAGGAGGCCUCCCACCUCAUUGAGGAAAUGGACCAGGAUGGGGACAAAAGGCUGACGGAGGCGGAAAUCCUUCAAAAUCAGGAUCUCUUCCUCCAUAGCGAAGCCACGGAUUACGGCCGGCAGCUCCAGGACGAGCGCUUCUACCACGAAGAACUGUAAUUUCCCCAAAGAAUACAAGUGUUUGGCUCUGAACGCAACCAUACGGACCGUGUGCGGUUGUGAAGUAUACCUAUAGAUACACACGCACCGGUUUUCAUUCCCGAAUGUCUUUGCGCAUCGCCUCCAGCCUUUAUAAUUUCGGGAUCCCCAAGCCUGACUUUUGAAUGGAAACCGAUGUUUGCUUUUUCGGAAACUUACUUGAAACCGCCAAGGUUGGACUUGUGAUGAUACAAACCAAUUGCCACUAGUUGUGUAUUCGUUUUGGGGAAGGUGAAAGCGUUGGCUGGGUUUUUUCCGUUCGUCAUAAUCCUUCUGUCUCAAGGAGGACCGAGGCUUUUCCUUACUUUUUAAGGUUUUCUGUGCAUAACGAACUUUUCCGUUUGUGGGUGUUUAUAGGAUCCGGAAAUGGUAUUUUUGCAUCCUGAUAGUUAUUUUUUACCGUUCAGCAGGUGUAUUUUAUGUCAGAACACUACCUUGCGUCAAAACACUAAUUAAAAACCUUUCAACGUGUAA